ACUACGAUUCCCGCCAUGCAUCGCGAUGGGACGGCAGGCGGCAGAUCUGCCCACAAUGCCACAAGGAUCAGAUUUCCAGCAGACAAGGCCAUGGGCAGGAAAGAUGCUAUUUUAACAAACCAUUCAGAAGGGGAAGGCGAGAGAAGGACAAGAGACCUGCAGCAGCUCAGUCACUCCGACUCCACUGUCCAGCUGAUCCCUAGAACACAAAGACAAGGUGGCGCUAGACACCAUUAUCUGGAGGAGAUACAAAGUAACACAGACAAUAGACACAUACAAACUGUGAAUCUGCCAUCAUGUCUGAAAGUGUUAUAUUCAAUAACUGUCUCUGUGGUUAGUGAUAUAUUCAAUAACUGUUCUCUGUGUGAUGAGAGGAAAUCUAAAAUCCCAGCUUCCAGGAGGCUGCUGCUCAAGACUCUUAUGCUUGCGAAAGCCACAGAAGACCUAGAAAAAGAGAUAAGAGAAACUCAAGAGGAAAAGGAAAGUACUCUGUCAGAGAAGGUCCCCCCCUUAAAGUGCAAUGGGCUGAGCCUCCAGGAGUUACAGCAAUUGUGCAUGAAACUUCACAGACAGAUUGACGUGGUGGAUGAAGAGCGCUAUAAUAUUGAAGAAAAAGUCAAAAAGAAUGGUCUGGAAAUUGACAGCUUAAAUCAGAAAAUUUUUGACCUCAAGGGAAAAUUCAAGCGCCCCAACCUGCGCAGAGUCCGAAUUUCCGCAGACGCCAUGCUUAAAGCCCUGCUGGGUUCCACACACAAGGUCUCCUUAGAUCUGAGGGCCAACCUGAAGUCCGUCAAAAAGGAGGAGAAUGAGAAAGAAAAGACGGUCGAGGUUACUGAUUGGCGUAAAAACAUUGAAGCCAUGUCCGGCAUGGAAGGCAGAAAGAAGAAGUUUGACACUAGUAAUGCAUAAGAGAGGAGCAGAUUAUACAGAAGGAAAGAAGAAGAAGAGGUAUUUUAUGUUUUUGAGAACCUGAAACUUUAAGUCCGAGCGUUUUUCAGUCCAUUGCCGCUUGUGUCUUCCCGCAGCAACUCAGCACUUACGUAGUAAAAAGGUCAAAUAUUCUACAGCUGUGAUGGUAAAGGCUUUGUGUCACCUUUGCAACCAGUUUUCUUUUUUUGUUCCAUAGUGCCGAUGUAUCUAAAAAGAUAAAUAAACUUUGUCAUAGG